UCAGCAGCCCAAGUAUCAGAACGGGUCUGCCAUACAGUGUCUGUGUUAUACAUAAACAGCAAAUGAGAGUAUUGAAUAAAUGACGGUGGUCAAUGUUUGACCUGUGGUCAAGAAAUGGCACUGUAAAGUGGAUUGUAGCGACUGGUUGUUCCCACUCAGAAUUGGAUAUUGGCGUCCUAAAUUCUAUAGGCCAAUGAUGCUUAUGGCAGCGUGAGGUGUGUAUGUCCCGCUGUGAACUUGUACAUGUUUCUAUAGGAUCGAAAACGGGCGUUCCGACACAUUAUUGAAGACAAUCAUUCGAAAAACGCACAAUCAGGGACAAGAGUUCGGUGACGUAUGCGAUCGAAGACAAGAGUUCGGCAGCGUAUGAUCGAAGACACGUGUUAGGCAAUUAAUGACGUUCUGCUGGCAGUGAUUGUGUUUUCAUAAUUGUGUUUAUGGGCGUGUAGGUUUGGACCUUGUGUGUAGAGAAUUCCCCUGGAUAUGUAAUCCCAUACAAACACACGACCUAGGUACAAGUUUAUAAAGAAUAUAGCAGUCCUGUCGCCUUUAAAAUGGAUUGGGCUAUUUUUCUAUGUUGAAAAAUUUGUGUUGAUAAGUGCCUUUUGAAUGGAAUAACCUCAAGCAUCACAUAUAUUUAACUCUGAACGGAUACAACACAGUUUUGUUUCAGAUGUAUUAACUCCAUGCCAGUGCUUGCUCUUCCGGUGAUGGAAAUGAAUGGAAAAUCUAAACAUUAUCUAUCGGAGGACGGCCUUCAGGUCAAAUAUACAGGGCCAGCAGACAUGGUCCAGAGAAGACAACGAGGCUGGAUAGGACAAAGAACGUACCUGGAGGUAGCUCUACUCGUUAGUUGUGGGGUGUUAUUGUGUAUCACUGUCAUUCUUAUUAUUAUCGAGGCUGUCCGGCAUGACAACCAGCCAAAUGGUGGAGCCUCCUUGCUUGCUGCUACUAAUACAGUGUGUCUGUCACAGGAUUGUGUCAAAGCAGCGGCUCGACUGCUACAAGGCAUGAACCAGGAAGUCGAUCCCUGCGACAACUUUUUCGAGUUUGCAUGCGGCUCCUGGAAUAAAGUCAAUGUUAUUCCAGAUGACCGGCCAAGUUACAACACAUUUGCAAAGCUAAGGGACGACCUCCAUGUUACUCUUAAAGAUUUACUAGAAUCUCCAGUGACUCCCGACGAAUGUGAAGCUUCUAAGAAAGCCAAACAUCUCUACCAUUCCUGUAUCAACGAGACUUUAAUUGAGGAACGAGACUUAGAGCCUGCCAUUAACCUGAUUGAGGAACUGGGAGGCUGGCCGGUGACGUAUGUAAAUGGGAGUUGGCCGGAUGAGGAGUUUGACCUGACAGGGCUGCUCAUCAAACUACGUCUGUACAAUAAUAAGAUUCUGGUGGACCAAUGGGUCAGUGCUGACGACAAAAACUCAGACGUACACAUAAUACAGUUCGAUCAGCCCGAUCUGGGGAUGCCCUCCCGGGACUACUAUACUAAAGGUCGUCAUGACCCGGAUGUUGUAGUUUACGAGGAGUUUGCCGUUGCUGUUGCUAUGGUUUUCGGCGCCAAUAAAACUGUUGCUGAAGAUGACAUUCGGGAAAUGGUAGACCUUGAGAUAAGACUCGCUAACAUCACGGUACCUCAGGUAGAUCGUCGAGAUAAUGAAAAAUUGUACAACAGGAUGACAGUCAGGGAACUGAAGCAAAUCGUCCCAGGGUUUGAGUGGAUGCGCUACCUGAGGGCUAUCUUUGACCAGGUGAACAUCACUAUAACUGAGUUGGAGGAGGUGGUGGUGUACGCCCCGGAGUAUCUUAAACACAUGGUGGAAAUUAUCAACGAAACUCCAGGAAGAACGCUAGCGAACUACCUGAUUUGGCGGAUAAUGAUGAACCGUAUGAUGAAUUUACCUGCUAAAUACAGAGAUUUGAGAAAGGAAUACCAUAGGCAAAUAUAUGGAUCAGAGGUGGAACGGUCGAGGUGGCGUGAUUGUGUUAGUUAUGUCAAUGAUAAUAUGGGGAAUGCCGUGGGGCGAUUGUUUGUACAACAACACUUUGACGAACUGGCAAAGAAAGUGGCGCUCGAUAUGAUUCAUGACAUUCGAAUUGCCUUCAAUGAGCUUCUACAUGAAGUUGUAUGGAUGGACGAAUACACUCGCAAAGUAGCAGAAGAAAAGGCUGAUUCGAUCGUGGAAAAGAUUGGCUAUCCGUCCUAUAUACUUAAUGACACAGCACUUGACGAUGACUACAGAAAUGUUUAUUUCCAUGCCGAUAAAUACUUUGAAAAUGUCCUGGAGAAUAUCAAGAGCAUAGCAUUGGCAAACAUGGCGAGACUACGAGAACCUGUCGAUAAAACAAGAUGGUCAACGACCCCGGCCAUUGUCAACGCUUUCUACAGCUCCACGAAAAAUCAGAUUAUGUUUCCAGCAGGGAUUCUACAGCCUCCAUUUUAUUACAAGGGCUAUCCAAAAUCAUUGAACUAUGGGGGAAUCGGAAUGGUGAUCGGACACGAAAUAACACAUGGAUUUGAUGACAGAGGUCGACAGUUUGACAAGGAUGGAAAUCUAAAACAGUGGUGGGAUGACGUUGUGAUCGAACGAUUCAAGAAUCAGACAAGCUGUAUAGUAGAACAGUAUAGCAACUAUACUAUGCCAGGGAUAGGAAUAACGCUGAACGGGAUACAGACACAGGGAGAAAACAUUGCAGACAAUGGAGGACUGAAGGAAGCCUACAGGGCAUAUUCAAAGUGGGAAAGAAGUCAGGAAAGGAAGGAAGACUUAUUACCGGGACUUACACAUCUUACCCAUCACCAACUAUUCUUUCUCAACUUCGCUCAGGUGUGGUGCGGCACGAUGAGACCGGAAGCAGCAGUAAACAGAAUACGGACAGGACUCCAUAGCCCAGGUCGAUUUAGGGUAAUCGGUACACUACAGAACUCCAAAGAAUUUUCACAAGUCUUCAACUGUCCAGCUGGAUCUUACAUGAAUCCAGUAAAUAAAUGCGAGGUAUGGUGAGGCGCAACAAUUCUGGAGAGGAUAUACCUUUCACAACGGACAGAGCCAGUUAUGGAGCUGUGGUAGAACGCUGUCACGUGGUUGUGACGUCAUCAACUACUGAACGGGCGAUGGUGGUUCCAUAAUGCACAGCAAUAGCACAUUGUGACAUUGUGAGGGAAUAUUGGGUAAUUCAUGAGGCCAGGGUCAGUGUCAAAGUUGGAAACACCGACAGUUGUUAACGGUAUGACGUUUAAUGGAAUUUGGACGACUGCCCUUCACUGAGAAUGUAAUGAAUGCUGGGACAGUUAAAAUGGUUUGAUUGGUCAAUGAUUACGAACAUGGCGACUGUUUGAAUCGGCUGCAGUGUGAACUACCGGAUUAGAUGUAUUUUGAGUUUUGAGAUUGUGAACUAUGUAGAUCAUGAUUUUUAGGCUGCAUGAGUUGAUGGAAGUGUUGACCGAGUAAAUAUCAAUCAAAUAUACAUGUAUUUUAAAAACAAUAUUAUUUAUAACAAGUGAAAUCAGCUGUGGGUGAUGAGCGUUUGCAGCGCAGGAAUAACAUGGAAUAUAAAAAUCAUUUUUGUCAAAAUAUCUUCAUAUUUGAUUUGCAUAGAAAAUAUUUCACACAUUUUAGAGAUGAUAAUGCUAGGAUCUUCAACAACUUUCUGAAUCGAUAAAAUCUAGAAAUUAAUGCAAGCUUAAUUGGAAGAUGUAAUUUUCUUGUUUGGGACUUGAGGCAAAAAGGUAUGUCGAUAAGAGAAGAUUGCACGAUAGAUUAAAAGACUCUUUUCUUUUCUGAUAAACCUAUGAGUGGUCUAAAGAAAGACAAUUUAGAAGAACACGUUUUUUUCACGUGUAGAUAUUUAUACAAUUUCCAUGUUACAGUUGAAUUUUGCUCGCAAAUUAACAGAAAAUGAUUUGUGUUGUUUGAUUGAAUGUUUGAUUUUCCUGUAUAUAUUACGUUUAAAUAUCCCAAAUUAAAAGCAGAUACAGCACAUAUUUGAUACAGAGGUACAUAUCGCUGUUGUUGGAACUUUACUAAAGAUUCAUGUAAAUAGUAAGUAAAAUAAUAAACUUUGUGAAGUCAAUAUAAUUUGUUGUACAUAUUGUAAUUGUUAUGUAAAUUACACUUGUAUAUAAACCUCUGAUCAUAAAAAUGUUAUUGAGCAUUCUAUAUUGUGAAUGCUAUUUUUUUCACGGAAACUGUUGAAGUUGUACCUUGGAUUUACCCGACAAUAAUAUAUGCUUCAACAGCAACUAGCUGUACAUACCAUAAUAGUGACAUUGACCAUGUUGAUCAUGUAGAGUUUGUCUGAUUUUUGUCAGAUUUCAGUUUCGAAAAUCGAUAACAUUAAAAGGUAAUUUUUCAGUUUAAAAUUAUAAGUUUAUUUCUGGCAAAAUACGAAAAUUCACGAUUUUCACAAUAUUUUUAAAGAUGAUGUAUAUAAAAUAGUCUAUAAUAUGUUGGUGAGUAGUAUUGAAGUCCAUGUGUUAGAGUUCAUUGUCACACUAAUUGUACAUUACCGUUGAAUUUAAAGUUUUAUGUGUAUUGUAAAUAUGGUUUCACUUCAUCAUUUAGAUAUUUUAAUACCGGUAUUGGGACACAUGGCCCUUCUAUUACACAUUACCUGUAUUUACCUCAAUCGGGGCAUUAACUCGUCGUCCCUGCUGUUCUUUAGCCAAUCAACGUAUACUUUCUGACAACACCGCGUUGUCCUGGCCAAUCAGCGUUAUACUUUCUGACAACAACGCGUUUCCCUAGCCAAUCAGCGUUGCACUUUCUGACAACAACGCGUUACACUAGUCAAUCAGUGUCAGGCUUUCAGACAACACUGCGUUAAUCUAGCCAAUUAUGGACUCUUUGUGAGGUCAUUAUGGUGUCGGUAUAACACCUUAUUAACCGAAUAAAAGUUCCUUAGUUCUUAUAUUAGUAUUAUUAUGAACCUUGUUUGCAAAAGGUGGAAUUCUAUUUUAUUUAUCUUCAUAUGUGUAACAGGAAAUUAACACUGGGGCAUUCUUUGUGACGUCACAAUGAUAAUGGCGUCAUUAGCGUAAUAUUUGAUGUUUCUGUAAAAAGAAACGUCAGAUUAACAUCAUAAAACUUUGACCUCCACGUGACCAUGUUUUAGCCAAUGAGAACAGAAAAAUCGGACGUAAUGUCAAAGUUUGUCAUAGCCCUUGCCACUCAAUUCCCAUGGGGAUUUUGAUGAACCUUCGCACAAUGAUAUAAAGGAUCAUACUAUCUCGGACAAGUUUCAGGGAUUUUUGGUCAAGGUCAAGGUCACUGUUACUACCGGGUGCUUUAACAAUGCCAGUGUGAUUGUUCCUUGUACGAGCUAGCGCUCAGCAUAUCCAAAUGCUACCCCCGCUCAUUUACUAUUACUGAAUAUACCUCUCAAAUAUUCUCUAAUAUCACCGAAAUAUAUAACUUAAGCAUUGUCCAUUAUUUUCAUUGUUAACAUCUAAAACAUAGAAGGUUUUGAUACUAAAACGAACGUAUUCUCGUGGUAUUCUUAUUUUAGCGGAAUAUCGCGCUAAAUAAUGAUUUCACUAGUCAAAGUCUCGUCACAUUGGUUUGAACCUAAUAUUUUGUGGAUCCGUCAGGUCAUCAAUUUGUCAAUCUAUCAAAAUAUAAUAAUGGGCUUAAAUCAGAGUACGUCGAAAUGUGUGCGUUCACAGUACUACCGAGUCGGGGGGUUUGUCUGUAAUUGUAGUAUUUUUAUUUAACAUUGUUGAUGGACUCCGUGUUACUAUUGACAACACAUUUAGUACAUAUGUACAAAAAGGUCUGUAAAAUAAUGUGACAUGGUACUAAAAUACUAUAAAAUGUACAUAGAACGUGAUUUACUAUGAGUUUAAAGGGCCCGGAAUCACUGUCACGAAUUGAUGCUACGAGUCGCCACGAGUACUGAUGGGUUCAAACGUAGAUAAUCACCCACGAAUUUGCGGAAUAAUCGGGCGAUGGGAAAAUAUCUCUUCUAUUAUGAAAUUUACAAUAUUUUUAGAUUGGAACUUGAGCAAAUUCAUUAUGAUUUCGUUACAAUUCUUAGCAAGCGAUAAGUGGUCUAUGACGAUACUUCGAGGUUAGCGAAGUUGAAGAGAUGUACGGGUGAAAGCGAGGUGUGGCGUCUUGUGCGAAAAUGUUGGAAGCCAUGUCUCUUAAUCAACAAUAUGUUAAUGUGUUGGUUUUGUGUAUCAAUUUUGCGGGAUGCCAUACCUCGUAGUCAUGUCGAAGACAACACGUCCGGAAGUUGUCAUUCCAACUCGCUACAUGUCGGGCACAUGUCGAAAGAGAUGAGAUAAUAGGUCUGUCCUAAAGACAUGAUAUCGAUAUAACAACAAACACCGCACAGGUCUAAGGACGAGACACGUGGCCCAAUAUCGUGACAGCGUUAUCCGACCCUUGUAUAUUGUGGCUUGUUUUCUGUCGCUGCGAUCCAUCCUAUAUACAUCAUGUUGUAAAAUAUAUUAAAACGAUUUUAAAAGCGAAA